CAGGUUGGAGCAGGCCCGGCUUUCUUCCAUGUACCUAUUCCACAGAAGGACUAUACAUACAGUACCAACUCCCCAUCUAAAACCCUAAACCCCAAACCGGAGCGAACCUGUAAGAAACAAAAUACAAACCGAGCUCGCAUUCUCGCUCACCCAUGGCGAUCAGUAGCGAAGCCCUGAACUCCCUGAAACUCACAGACCCAACGCAGUUACUGACGCCGAGCUCCGCGCUCUCCCAAACGGCUCGAACGGCCUUGCAGAACCUCUUCUCCUCCCUCAGACCGUUCACGCCCAAAUCGCCAUUUGAUCAGCUGUUAACAGACGGCUUCGACGCCGAGCAGAUAUGGCAGCAAAUCGACCUCCAAUCUCAGCCGCUCAUCUCGAGCCUCCGCCGAGAUUUGAAACGGUUCGAGAAAAAUCCGGACGAGAUUAAGACGCUGAAGGUGCUUGUACAAGGCCAAGAGAAGGUUCUGGAAGCUGAAAAUGAGGGUUUAAAGAACGAAAUCGAUGGUUCUGAUGAGGAAUUUGAUGAAUUUGAUGAAGACGAUGAGGAGGAGGAGGAGGAAGAGGAAGAGGAAGAAGAAGACGAAGAAGAAGGUGAAGAGAAUGAGAGUGAGGAUGAAGAGGAGGGAGAAGACAGUGAAGGUGAAGCUGAAGGUAAUAAUGGGAUAGAGGAUGGGUUUUUUAAGAUAAAGGAUUUGAAGAAGUCUUUGGAGGAUAGUGAAGCUAGGGAAUAUGGGUUAAUGAAGACUGAAAAGAAGAAGAAGAAGAAAAAGAAGAAAGGUAGCGAUGAUGAUGAUGAUGAUGAUGAUGAUGAUGAUGAUGAUGAUGAUGAUGAUGAUGAGGAUGAAGAAGAAGAUGAGCUGCUUGGAGAUUUAGACAUUGGCGAUGAUGAGGAUGAAGAAGACGCAGACAAGUUUGCAAGAUAUGAAGACUUCUACGGAGGAAAAAAGCAGACAACUCUUUCUACCCAUGAAACGAAGCUUCAGAAACUUCGUUCUGAAAUAGACCAGAUGGAAAAAGCAAAUUUGGAGCCAAAAAAUUGGACCAUGCGAGGAGAGGUAACUGCAGAGAGAAGGCCAAAGAACAGUGCGCUAGAAGUUGAUCUAGAUUUUGAACACAAUGUUAGACCUCCCCCUGUAAUCACAGAGGAGGUUACAGCAUCGAUUGAGGAUAUCAUCCAGAAAAGAAUCGAGCAGGGGCGUUUUGAUGAUGUUCAAAAGGCUCCGACUUUACAUUCUAAAGCACCAAGAGAAAUUAAAGAGUUGGACGAGAAUAAGAGCAAGAAGGGUCUAGCUGAAGUCUAUGAGGACGAGUACGUUCAAAAGACGAAUGUGGCUUCUGGUCCAUUGUCAUUCACAGACAAACAGAAGGAAGAGGCAAGCAAGCUGUUCAAGAAACUUUGCUUGAAGUUGGAUGCUCUUUCUCAUUUCCACUUCACUCCAAAACCUGUUAUCGAGGAUAUGACUGUACAAGCUAAUAUCCCCGCUCUAGCGAUGGAAGAGAUUGCACCUGUGGCUGUCUCUGAUGCAGCAAUGCUAGCGCCUGAGGAAGUGUUUUCAGGCAAAGGUGAUAUUAAAGAAGAAGCAGAACUUACACAGGCAGAGAGAAAGAGGAGGAGAGCUAACAAGAAAAGGAAAUAUAAAGCUAGGGAAGCAAAAAGGACGACGAAAAAGCCACGAGACAGCUAAAAGGAUGGCAAAGAAGCCAUGGCACAGCAAGGGAAGGAAGGAUAAUUAGAUGGUGCAUAAGUUUAACUUAAGCCAUGGUUGCAACUGGUUGACAGAUUAGAGAAGAGGAAAAGAAGAAGAGGCUAAGGUGGGAGAGUUCAUCUUGAAGAUCUCAUUUGCUCAAUUUCUUCUCCUCACCAUUCUGAGUUUUGAUGGAAGAGUGAAGAAAAAACCCUGUACAAGGCAUAUGAAAAUUAUGAACAAAACACUUGAAAGGGAAAUUCUUACGUCCUUAAUUUGUUUGUUUUUUGAAAUUUUUAUUUACUGUUACUCAAAAUUCGGAGAUAAAAAUUUGUAUUAGACAGUAUGAUCAUAUUAGAUCGUAUAAAUCAAGGAGUUAUUAUUUACCGAAAU